UGUCUGAGAGAUAUUCACAGCAGACUAAACUUUCUUUAAGUCUGUCCUGAUAGAGGAUCAUUAUUACCUCUACAACGACGUCUUGAUGUAUCACAUAUCAUAAUUUUUGUAUAAAGGACACGGUUUGAUUAUGAUAUUCUCACUUUCGUCUCGGCGGUUUAAAGUGUGGAGGAUAUGUCGACAUUCGGAUCAUGCCAUCCCAGAAGACUCCGUUAACGCAGUGCUCUGAAAGCUCUUCUAACCCGGAUCCUCUAAAAACCCUCUGAAGCUAUCGUCCUCCUUCUCUCAAAGGAAAUCUGCUCAUCCUGGGACUCAGGACAAAUGGACAUCUCUGGUUCAACUUCCCUUUCCUCCUCCCCUUCUCCUUCCAUCACGUUUCCUGUUCUCCAUAAUCUCUCAGUUCCCUCUUCGUCUCCCUCUCUCUCUCCAUCCCCAAGUGUAGCAUCCACUGCUCUCUUCUGCCUUUUCCUAUCCCUCCUAUCCCUGCUGGGAAUUCUGGGAAACCUGUACACUCUAUGGCUCCUCAUUCGCCGCCGCAGGAUGUCGAGAAGGCGGCAUACAGCUCCAUGUUGUUACACCCUCUCGUGCCUCAGCCCCUCUUCCCCUUCUUUUUCUCCUUCCUCCUCUCCCACCUCAUCCUCCUCCUCUUCCUCCCUGCACUUGCAGGUUCUGAGUCUAGCUUUAGCGGACUUGGUGUACCUGUCCACAGCCCCUUUUAUCGUGUAUGACAGCCUGGCGUCUGACUGGGCCUUUGGUGAACUUGGCUGUCGGCUCCUGCUCAGUUUGGACCUGCUCACCAUGCACGCGAGCAUCUUCACCCUCACGGCCAUGAGUCUGGACCGGUAUCGAGCCGUUGCCGAUCCGUUGCAAGCCUCCUCCACGCCUUCUUCCGGAUUGCUGAGAGUAGCUUUGGCCUGGGGCUUUGCCGUAGCUCUCAGUUUGCCCAUGAUGAUCACCUUGCACCUUGAAGAUGGAGAGAACCAAGAGGGAAAAUUGUGCGUGCCUGCCUGGGAUGAGCAGAGCUCCAAAGCUUACCUCAGUGUGCUCUUCUGCACCAGUAUCCUAGGGCCAGGACUGGCCAUCGGAGCUUUGUAUGCGGCCUUGGGGAGACUGUAUUGGGUAUCCCAGACUCAGCCGGCUUGGGCAGGGGGUGGUAAUGCCUACCCGCCUCGUGCACCUCGCCCCAAAGUCCUUCUCCUCAUCUUGGGCAUUGUAAUGACGUUCUGGGCAUGCUUUCUUCCAUUUUGGAUCUGGCAGCUUCUUCCACUGUACCGUCCGGAUGUGCUGCGUGCCGUGCCAGUGGGCACGCAGGUGACUGUUAAUCGUAUCCUCACAGGGUUGACUUACGGAAACUCAUGUGUGAAUCCGUUCUUCUAUACACUGCUGACGGGCAAACGCAGACGGACGAGCAGGAAGAUGAUAAGUGCAGCUGCCCCACUUUGCCAUAAGGGCAGCUCGGAUCCGCAAUAACAAUUGUUUUGUCCACCAACAGUCUACAAAGCCCAUGAACAAUGUGACUGUGGACAGAUAUCUUUAUUACAUAUUAGCUUGGUGCUUAAGGGUUACCGUUUAUAGCUUUAUACAUGUAUAUAUAGCAAUACUGUCUUUCUGUCUAAUUUAAUAAUACAUACGGGUGGUUUCCCGGACAGGGAUUAGACUAGUCCUAAACUAAAAUAACUGUAAGAGCUGUCCAAACUGAAAACAUCUUGCACUGACAUAUUUUAAAAUACAUCAGUAGGCCUACCUUUUGUUUUGCCUAAAAAUGCACAGAGGUAAUGUUUUUAGUAAGGCAUUUUUGUUAAAACUUGUUUAUAUUUCCUAAUUAAACAAAGGCCUAGUUCUGGUUUAAACUAAUCAAUGUCCAGGAAACCACCUCACAGUAUUAUAUGACAGAUUGGAUAUAAUCUAUGUACUAUUACAGCCCCUGCAAACCAAAAUGAAAUGCAAAGACAUUCUAAGAGAUGAAUGCUUAUGGAAAUAUUUAUGAAAGGUAUAACUUUUGACAUGGAUAUCAAAAUCUUAAACCUGGCUUUGAAAUUAUCGGACUAUGACGUGUGAAACAUCUGUUUUCCUGGUCAAAAAAGGCAACUUGAAAGGGACAAAACAAGCCCUGCCAGCAUUUAUGAUUUGCCCCAGGAUAUUCAAACAGCAGGUGUGAAGCAUUUAACUACCAAAUUGGUUUAUUAGUCUAAGUGCAAAGAAGAAAUUACAUAGUAUAGAUUUGGCUCAAAGCUAAAGGACGUGUCAGAGUUUGCUCUGCUGAAGAGGAUAAAUCACAUCCGUCACCAAGCCAGGAAAAACAAUCUCCCGUUCUCCAAUAGGACAUUACGCUUUGCAUAAUGUACUUUAUCAGACUCGACUCAAACAUUCUUUUGCUGCAAUCCUGACAUCUUUGCAAAUGGCACCUUAUAUUAAUUAUUUGCCUUUUGUUAUUAAACUCUGAUGCCUGA